AUGCCUAAUGACAAAGGGCAAUGGCGCGUCGAGUCUGAUGCGUCUGACUAUGCCCUUGGCGGAGUGCUUUCCCAGCAACAACCCAAUUGGAAAUGGCAGCCUGUCGCCUUCCUCAGCAAGUUGUUCAACGACGCUGAACAGAACUAUGAGAUUUACGACAAGGAGAUGUUAGCUAUUAUGACUGCACUAGAGGAAUGGAGGCAGUACCUCCUAGGCACACGAGAGUCCUUUGAGAUCUGGACAGACCACCUCAAUCUCACCUACUUCCGGGAAGCCCGCAAGCUUCACGAUCGCCGUCAAGCCCGCUGGUUUACAGAGCUUCAAGACUACAACUUCACUCUGUUACACAAACCAGGCAAGACUAUGACUAAACCGGACGCUCUCUCUCGUGAUGCUGCAAAGAAUGAAGGUCUUCACGACAAUGAGAACGUGGUUCUCUUAAAGCCUGAACUCUUCCGCCACCUCCUCCUCCGUGCCACGAUUAUCGACAUAGAAGGUCCCAAUGCUGUGCUCUACAAACGCAUCCAUGACUCUAAGGCAGAUGUUGAUGACGCUGUUGUCAAAGCAUCAGACGCAGACAAGCAUCAUAAGACCUGGAGUCGCAACGAAGACGGAGUAUUAUUGAAGGGAACAUGCAUGUAUGUGCCACGCAAUAAAGAUCUACGCACAGAUAUCAUCGAAGCACAUCAUGACCCUCCCGCAGCUUGUCACCCUGGACGCUGUAAGACACAUGAGCUCAUCAGUCAAGACUAUUUCUGGCCCACCAUGCGCAACAAUAUACGCAAGUAUGUUGAAGCCUGCCAGACUUGUCAACGCGUCAAGUACGACCGCUCCAGACCGGCUGCCCCCCUUCAUCCCAAUCCUACUCUUGAAGGACCUUUCCGUCAUGUCGGUGUCGACUUUGUAGGCCCUGUACUACCAUCAGAAGGCUACAACAUGAUAUGUGUCUUCACGGAUCACUUCACAAAGUAUGUCAUCUAUGCCCUGUGCCACGAUACAAUCACCGGCCCCCAACUCGCGAGCUUGUACAACAAAUAUGUCUAUUCCCACCUUGGCCUCCCACGCCGCAUUAUCUCUGAUCGAGGAGCCCAAUUUAUCAACUCCUUUGUCCGCGAGCUCUUUUGUCUUGAAGGCGUUGAAAGUAACCUAUCAACCGCCUAUCACCCACAGACGGACGGUCAGACUGAACGUCAAAACCAAGAGCUUGAAACCUUCCUUUGUAUCUGGGUCAACUCUCACCAGAACGACUGGGCAACGUGGUUACCUAGUGCGCAGUUCCAUUACAACAACCUCGCCCACUCAGCAACUGGCAUAUCCCCAUCCACCGCGCUCUUUGGCAUGCCUGCCUACGAUGGAUACAACGCACGUCUUAAACCAAAGGUGACAGCUGCUGGCGAGUUUGCUGCAAUGUGCGACAAGAUCAGAGAAGAGAUCGAGUCUGCUCUGCGUGAUUCCAAGACACGCAUGAAAGAGCAGUAUGACAAACACGUUCGCGAUGCUAUCCCAUACGCGCGCAAUCAACUCGUUUGGCUCAGUGCGAAGAACAUCAAGAGCGUACAACCAUCCAAGAAGCUUACGCAUCUUUACUAUGGACUGCCAUAA